AUGUCUACUAAUAAACUCGAACAAAAAAUGAUCAACGGUAGCCCACAAGAUUGGCCUGAGCCCGUAGUUCGAGUUCAGUCCUUGUCCGAAAAAUGCGUAGAUUCAAUCCCUGAAAGGUAUAUCAAACCCCUCAGUGAUCGUCCUUCCGCUGCAGCUCAUGCUGUUGAUGCCAACAUCCCAAUCAUUGACCUUGCAGGUCUAUAUGGCGAUGACCCAGAUGUCGCAGCCUCUAUACUUAACCAAAUUUCUCAGGCUUGCAAUGAGUGGGGUUUCUUCCAAAUCGUGAACCAUGGGGUUAGCCCUCACUUGAUGGACAUGGCUAGGGAAACUUGGCGCCAGUUCUUUCAGUUGCCCAUGGAGGUGAAGCAGCAAUAUGCAAACUCACCAAAAACUUAUGAAGGGUAUGGUAGCAGGCUUGGAGUUGAGAAAGGUGCCAUUCUUGAUUGGAGUGAUUACUAUUAUCUUCAUUAUCUUCCCUUGUCAUUGAAGGACUACAACAAAUGGCCUGCUCAGCCCACCUCUUGCAGGGAAGUGUUUGAUGAGUAUGGGAGAGAGUUGGUGAAGUUAUGUGGGAGGUUAAUGAAGGUUCUGUCAAAAAACCUUGGAUUGGAAGAAGAUUUUCUUCAGAAUGCUUUUGGAGGAGAAGACAUUGGGGCGUGCCUAAGGGUGAAUUUUUACCCCAAGUGUCCACAGCCAGAUUUGACGUUGGGUCUGUCAUCUCACUCAGAUCCAGGAGGCAUGACACUGUUGCUUGCAGAUGAUCAAGUCCCUGGUCUUCAAGUCCGCAGAGGCCACAAUUGGAUCACGGUGAAGCCUGUUCCCCAUGCGUUCAUUGUGAACAUUGGUGACCAAAUUCAGAUUCUAAGCAAUGCAAUCUACAAGAGUGUAGAGCACAGGGUGCUAGUAAAUUCAAACAAAGAGAGAGUUUCCCUGGCCUUCUUCUACAAUCCCAAGAGUAACAUACCCAUAGAGCCAGCCAAGGAGCUGGUAAAGCCAGAUCGACCUGCACUCUACUCGGCAAUGACCUUCGAUGAAUACAGGCUCCUCAUUAGAUUAAGAGGACCAUGUGGAAAAUCUCAAGUGGAAUCUUUAAAAUCUCCAAGAAGCAUGAUCGAUAGUUAUCAAUGAGGACAUUGCUUAUCGAAUAAAACCCUCUUAUUGAUAUUCAGAUAAUUAAUUGUAAAUCAUGUCACAAGAUAGCUACUGGUCUGAGCAAAUGGUCUAUUAGUUAAGCCACGAAACGGGGGACAAAUAUUGGAUAUAUAGAUAUGAAAUUGAUGUGAAAAAACUGUGUGUCUGUCUUCUUCUUCCUGAUUGGUUUGUAAUGGCUAAAUUUGGGUGGUCCACAAUGAUCAUUCCUAGCUGAGUAAUUAUUAGACAUUUGUGUCCCUACUUCCCAACCGAUGAUUGGGGUGAUAAGUG